AUGUCUGAAUUUGAUAUUGAGAGCACAUUAGCUCAAUUAACGAUCCAAGAAAAGAUCGGUUUACUUGCUGGUAUCGAUUUCUGGCACACAUUUGCUGUUGAAAGAUUAAAUAUUCCUAGUCUUAGAUUCAGCGAUGGUCCAAACGGUUUAAGAGGAACUAAGUUUUUUGACAGUGUUCCAUCUGCUUGUUUUCCCUGUGGAACAGCAUUGGCUGCUACUUUUGAUAAAGAUUUAUUAUUCGAAGCUGGUCGUUUAAUGGGAGACGAAGCAAAACACAAGGGUGCACAUGUUGUAUUAGGUCCAACAAUUAAUAUUCAAAGAGGCCCAUUAGGUGGAAGAGGUUUUGAAUCUUUUAGUGAAGAUGCGCAUUUAACUGGACAAAGUGCAGCUUCGAUCAUUAAUGGUAUUCAAGAUAAAGGGAUAGCUGCUACAAUCAAGCAUUUUGUUUGUAAUGACUUAGAAGACCAACGUAAUUCUAGUAACUCUGUUCUUACUGAAAGAGCUUUGAGAGAAAUUUAUUUGGAACCAUUUAGAAUUGCCAUCAAGCACUCCAACCCUGUUGCAUUGAUGACAGCUUAUAAUAAGGUGAACGGAGAACAUGUUUCACAAUCAGAAAGAUUGAUUCAAGAUAUUUUACGUAAGGAAUGGGGCUGGGAAGGUACCACAAUGUCUGACUGGUACGGUACUUAUACUAGUAAAGAAGCCAUUGAAAAUGGCUUAGAUAUUGAAAUGCCAGGUCCUUCCAUAUUUAGAAAUACAACCGAAGUGGCUGCUAUGGUUACCUCCAAGGAAUUACACAUCAAGAAGAUUGAUGAAAGAGUUAAAAAUGUUCUUAAGUUAAUCAAGUAUGCACUUAAGUCUGGUAUCCCUGGAAAUGCUCCAGAAACUUCAAAUGGUAACACACCUGAAACUGCAGCUCUUUUAAGAAAGAUUGCACAUGAUUCGGUUGUUGUUCUUAAGAAUGAUGACAAUAUCUUACCCUUGAGUAAGGAUGAUAAAAUUGCUGUCAUUGGUCCAAAUGCAAAGUAUGCCGCCUAUUGUGGUGGAGGAUCUGCUGCAUUGAGAGCCUAUUAUACUACUACCCCAUUCGAUUCUAUUUCAAAAAAAUUAAAUAAUGAGCCAGAAUACACUAUUGGUGCUUAUGGUCAUAGAUUAUUACCAGCAUUAGGACCCCAAUUGAUUAAUCCCAAAACAGGAAAGGCUGGGUACAAUUUGAAAUUCUACCUUGAGCCAAAUUCUCCUUCGAAAAGAACAUUAAUAGAUGAAAAAGAUUUGGAUUUAUCACAUAUCUUUAUGGUAGAUUACUACAAUGACAAAGUAAAGGAUGACUUAUUCUAUAUUGAUUUCGACGGCCAGUUUACUCCAGAAGAAACGGCGGAUUAUGAAUUUGGUCUCGCUGUACUUGGUACAGCACAAUUGUUUGUUGAUGAUAAAUUGGUCGUAGACAACAAGACAGUCCAAGAGAGAGGUAAUUCCUUUUUUAAUAGUGGUUCUAAUGAAGUUAGAAAUUCUAUUUCUUUAGAGAAAGGUAAAACCUAUUCGAUUAGAAUAGAGUUUGGAUCAGCCCCUACAUUUACCGCUCCUUCUUCCAAUUCUGUUAGUUUUGGUGGCGGUGGUGGUAUCAACUUGGGACUUGCCAGGGUGAUCAACCCAGAAGAAGAAAUUUCGAAGGCAGCUGAACUUGCUAAAAAGGUAGACAAGGUAGUCUUAAAUAUUGGCUUGAACCAAGAAUGGGAAUCUGAAGGAUUUGACCGUCCAGACAUGAAAUUAACCGGUUACACCAAUAAAUUGGUUGAAGCAGUUUUGGAUGCUAAUCCAAAUACUGUUAUUGUUAACCAAUCUGGAACUCCAGUUGAAUUCCCAUGGAUAAAGAAAGCCAAUACAUUGGUUCAAGCUUGGUAUGGUGGUAAUGAAGGAGGAAACGGUAUAGCUGAUGUUUUAUUCGGUGAUGUAAACCCAAAUGGUAAGUUAUCUCUCUCAUUCCCCGUGAAAAAUGUUGACAACCCUACGUAUCUUAACUUUAAGACUGAGAAUGGUAGAGUUCUCUACGGUGAAGACAUAUUUGUUGGUUACAAAUACUACGAAAAGCUUGAAAGAGAAGUUGCCUUCCCAUUUGGAUUUGGUUUAUCAUACACCAAAUUUGAUAUUUCUGGUUUAAAAGUUGCCGUUUCUGAAAAAGAUGAUGCUUUAGAAGUUCAUGUUAAUGUUAAAAAUACAGGCAAAGUCGACGGUUCAGAAGUAGUUCAAGUUUAUAUAUCGAAGGAUGAAAGUGAUGUAAUCAGACCCGUGAAAGAAUUAAAAGGAUUCGAGAAGGUAAACUUGAAGGCAGGUGCUACUUCAACAGUUUCAUUAAAAUUAUCUUUGAAAGAUUCUAUUUCCUUCUUUGAUGAGUACCAAGAUGAGUGGUCGGUUGAAAAGGGUGCUUACACGGUUCACGUUGGUAACAGUAGUCGUGAUAUUGCUUCAACUUCAUCUUUCAAGAUUGAAAAAGACUUUUUAUGGUCAGGCAUGUAA